UGUGCAGAAUUGACGAAUUUCUUUUUAAAUAAAUACAACAUCCAAUUUAUUUAAUUUUUUUUUUAACAAACCACUAUUUUAGAUGAGAUGAAUCGGUAAUGGUCACGCUAUAUAUAAGAAAAUCAAAUAAGAAAGCAAUGAAACACAUAUCGUGUGUUAUACAGUGAAACGCAUUGCAUAGAUAAAUAAUAACGGGAGAAAAGAAUAGCGAGAAAGUUGCCAAAAGGAAAAUAAAAAUCAUUGCGCUUACUUAUUAAAUUGAAAGCAACAAACGUCAAUGAAUAAUCUUCUAUUGUGAAAGUGCUUUAAUUUUUGGAGAGUGUUCUAUCAUUACAUCAUAAAUCCCUUUUGUAAUAGUGUCGUGAGUUGUUAUCAUUUACCUGCGACGUAAUAAUAAUAAUUGUUGGUGGACAGAUUAAUCUUGCAUUUGGAAGUUUGCCUGGAACAUCAAUGCCACCGCGCGAUCGAAACAAUCAUAUUUUCUCUAUUAGAUCGUGGUCCAGAAAAAUGCGCAAAAAUCCGAAAGUUCGGUCGUUGCACGAACAAUCCUCACCAUUUCGCAAAAUGGUGCAGCAGGAGGCAGUGGUCGUAAGGAAUGCCGUAAAGUAUUAUGGAGCAGACAAGCUGGUGUUUGACGGCCUGAAUAUGACAGUUUCUAGAGGCUCCAUAUAUGGAUUGCUGGGGCCCAGCGGAUGCGGCAAAACCACGUUGUUGUCUUGCGUCGUUGGAGUCCGACGUCUCAACAGCGGCGAGGUGUGGGUUCUGGGAGGAAAUCCAGGUAGCAAAGGUUCCGGAAUACCCGGACCCCGAGUGGGUUACAUGCCGCAAGAGAUCUCCUUGGUCGGAGAGUUUACCAUGAGCGAUGCCCUCUACUACUUCGGCAGAAUUAAUGGGCUCGAAGAUGAAGAAAUCGACACAAGACAGGGGUUUCUCUCGGAAUUACUGCAGUUACCCCCGUCAAAUCGUUUGGUAAAAAAUAUGAGUGGCGGCCAGCAGAGAAGAGUUUCAUUCGCUGCCGCCUUGAUCCACAGGCCCGAACUUCUGAUUCUGGACGAACCCACUGUGGGGCUGGAUCCAAUUCUAAGGGAGAACAUUUGGGACUACAUGAUAAGGAUCACGCAAGAGGAGGGCGUUACCAUAUUGAUUACGACGCACUAUAUCGAGGAAGCUAAGGAUGCUGAUAAGAUCGGUUUGAUAAGAUGUGGUCGAUUGUUGACGGAAUCAUCACCAGAGCAAUUAUUGGAUCGAUUUCAAUGCUCAUCUUUGGAAGAGGCUUUCUUGAUAAUGAGUCAGACACAAGAAAAUAUUGCAGUUACAAGUAUUACUAAGGCUUACGGAUCCAAAGCAGAAGAUACUGAAAGCGACGUUUCAUGUCGAGAUAAAUGUAGACGAACAAAGCUAGUUAAAGAUGAAGCAGCAUAUAAAACAAAUGCGAAAUAUAAGGUUUCACGAUUGAAAACAUUCAACGCUUUAAUGAAGAAAAACAUGAUUCAAUUUUUACGUUAUUACUCAGGACUAGUUUUUGCGUUUAUCUUUCCGAUACUACAAAUCAGUACGUUUUUUGCCGCUAUCGGUGACAAUCCGAAAAAUUUAACAAUUGCGAUUGUUAAUGACGAAGCUGGCAACUGUAAUUACGGCAGUAACUUCGGUAAUGUCUGGUACGACAAGGAGGAUUUUAUGUGUCACUUUGGCAAUCUCAGCUGUAAAUUUUUGCACAGUUUUGACGAUUCUCUCGUAAUAAAGAAAUAUUAUGAUAAUUUUUCCGAUGCAAUGACUGGCGUGCACAAUGGAUCCCAUGUUGGUAUGAUAUAUUUUAACCAAAACUUUUCCGAAGCUAUGCAGGAACGAGUAGAAUACUUUAUUAAUGUUGAGGAAGCCAAUAUUCUCGCCAGUGAGAUUAAAGUUGACCUCGACAUGAGUAGUAUAGCAAUCGGGUCUUAUUUGCAGAGAGAGCUAUAUGAUAGUUUUGACGAAUUUUUUAAAGAUACGAUGAAAAUCUGUGGAUUUUCACAAAGAUUCGCCUCUUUGCCUAUUCGAUUCGAAGAUCCGAUUUAUGGUUCGAAAGACAUCACGUAUAAACGCUUCAUGGCACCAAGCUUGAUACUUAUACUUGUCUUUUUUUUGGCCACCACACUCUCCACCGCUCUAAUAAUUACAGAUCGAUCGGAGGGUGUGUGGAACCGGAGUCUGGUUCAAGGUGUCGGUACUGUGGAAAUCUUACUGGCUCACGUUCUUACUCAGAUUAUCCUUGUAUUUAUUCAUAGCACAUUGAUAAUGUGCUUUAGUUUUCUUGUAUGGAAUCUAAAAACUAAAGGAUCGAUAUUCGACGUUAUCUGUAUUGUAUAUCUUAGUGGUUUCAGCGGACUGAUGUGGGGUUUUUUGAUCUCUGUCAUGUGCACAAAUCAUACUGUGGCACAUUAUAUUUCAACUGGAAGUUUUAUGCCGAUUGUACUACUGGGCGGAUGUUUAUGGCCGGUAGAAGGAUCGCCAGAAAUAGUCCGCUGGAUCAGUUAUGCUUUGCCGACAACCGUGCCCGCCAUAUCUCUGAGAGCAGUUAUAGAAAAGGGUCUUUCCAUGCACGAGUUGGAAGUUUACAGUGGCGUACUAGUAGAACUAGCAUGGAUAAUUCUACUGUUCCUUGGUUGCUUAAGCGGCCUAAAAUUCAAAUCUUCGUGACAUUUAGAAAUUAGAAAGAAUUUAUUUGAAAAGAAACAGGAACGCAUACACAGGGUUCUGUUAGAUAAAUAUAUAGAUUUAAUCUAUCUUAAAACAUUUCCGUUAAAUUAAUAGAAGAUAGAAGGUAUAAGAAAAUGUAUAAUUGUGUAGAACUUUAUUUAUUUGAAACGUUAUCGACAAAAACUUAUUUGCUUCCAAAGAAUAAACGUUAUAAUUGUAAUAUU